AUGAGUUUUGCUUUUUCCUCUUCCAAUAAUGCUUUUUUUAGUUGCUUGGCUGUAUCUUUUUCAAUGCAAUAUUGGGUUAUAGAGGUUCCUAUAGAAGUUGCACCUCCUACAACUAAAGUCAACAGCCCAAUUAAGGAUAAAGGGGUAAAAAGAAGGACUGUCCCCACAAUACUCGCACUGUUUCCACUAGUGUUUACUAUUUUACAAUUUCGCAAGUCCUUUUUCAAAGAUUUUUUUAUUUUAGUCAAAGUGGCUAUUGAUAUCCGAAUUUUUUCAACGUAA